AGAAAUUUAAAUAUUAAAAACAAUGUAACAAACACAAUAGAUGGAAGAAUUGAAUGAGAAAGGUGAAUUGAUAAUAUCUGAAGUGAUUUAGAGGGUUAAGAGCAACUUCACUAAAUUCGAAAAGUUCAUGAAGAAUUAAAAAAACAAAAAGGUAAUUUUGUUAUGUGGAAAUACUGGGGCUGGAAAGAGCACCAUCUAUAAUUGGCUUUUAGGAGCUGGCUUUAAGACAGUAGAAAAGGAUGGAUUAAGUUAGUUGGAACCUAUUCAUACCAAUGACUAAAUGUAUAUUUCGAAAAUGGGAAAAUGUUCAACAUCAGUUACUUAAACUUCGAUUUAUGAUUUUAUUGAAGAACUGGGUCAUGUCCUUAUUGAUUUACCUGGAUUCGAAAGCACAAUUGACGAAUAUCAUAAAUUAUUUAUUGAUGUGCUCUUUCAGAAAAUAACAACAUCAUUCUAAACUAAAAUAGUGUAUGUUUUAGACAGUCCAUAAAGAGAGUUGCAUAAUAGAGGAAAGGAUUUGAUUCAAUUCAUCAAUUAAUAAAUUGGGCAGAAUCCACUAAAUAUAUAAAACAUUUUUCUGAUCAUUAAUAAAUACUUAGAGGAUGAUGCUGAUGAUGUACAAAUUAAAAGAAUUAAAGAACAAUUGGAAGGAAGACCUGAAUUCAAAUAAGGAAUGCUCAAGAAGAUUUAAAUAAUACAUAAAAUAAAAAACAACGAAAUGAUUCAGAAUGUAUUCUCAGAAUAGGCAAGAAAGAGUUUGAUCCUAAAUUUGAAUGAAUCUGAAUCGAUUACUCUGCAGAAUUAAACUGUAUCCUAAUUAUCAAGUUGUGAGAUUGUCAAUAGCUAUUUAAUGUAAAAGAGCACAUUCUAUUUUAAGAGACUUACAGAAAUGUCUCAACAAAUAAUUGCGAUGAUACAAAAAAAGCAUAAAUUUUCACUCAUCCCAAGUAAACAAGAAGAAACCAAUCCUAAUUCAAGAGUACCAAAAACUAUUGCAGGAUUGUAUACAUUAUAUAGCUAUAUGAUUACCAAAGAGACAACUGGAUUAAAUGAAGAUGAUGAAUUUCAUAAUUUUAAGAAGAUCUAUAAAUAUUUUUUGCCUUAUUAACAACACUUAUCAUGUUUUUCUUGUAUGAGUGUUUAUGAAUAAGGAGAAGUUACAAGAUUCAAUAGUGUUAUUGAUUAUUUAUCAUAAAAUUCAAACUCUCAACCAGAAAUGACCGAUUAAGUUUAAAGAGUAUAGCAAUAAACAAGUGUAGGUUAAACUUAGAAUUUGUAAGCUGCAGAAAAAUCACAGAAUAAAUGGAUAAAUAUAAUCGGCGAUAUCUUUUCAGUUAUUGUAGUUGUCUUUGGCAAAGUCUAUUGUAUCUAUACUGACAUGAAGAAACUAUGAGAUUAUAUUAUAUUCAUAAAAAAU